AUGAGCCAGCUGCGAGCCACCAAGUCUGGACUUUUCGUGGGUGCAGCCCUCUGCAUCAUCCUCUUUCUGUAUUUAAGGGAUCCAGCUCCUGAGGACCCAGAAGAGGAACCCACCUACCCAGAAGCAGUGGAGUGUGGCUUCUACCCAGAUGAACUGUGCUCAGCUUUAUUUGAAGGCAAGGGGGCAGCCCCCUACAUUGCAAAAUUCUGUAAAAACCCUCAUCGAUCUGAAAUACUCACACAUUUAUACACCCCGGGAAACUGCUCCAUGAUUUCCCAGGGGUUACGGUUCAUAACCAGACCCCUGUCUGCAGAAGAGGGCAAUUUCUCCUUGGCCUAUAUUUUGACCAUUCAGAGGGAGCUGAUCAUGUUUGUGCGGCUUCUCAGGGCAAUUUAUGCACCUCAAAAUGUUUACUGUAUCCAUGUUGACGAAAAGGCCUCAAAGAAGUUUAAGACUGCAGUGCAAACUCUGGCUAACUGCUUUGAGAACAUUUUUAUUUCGUCAAAGGUUGCUUCUGCUGGCUUUACAAGACUACAGGCUGACAUUUAUUGCAUGAAAGAUCUAGUCCGUUCCAAAUUUCAAUGGAACUAUGUCAUUAAUCUUUGUGGACAGGAUUUUCCAAUCAAAACCAACAAGGAGAUCAUACACUACCUCAGAAGCAAAUGGAAUGGUAAAAACAUCACUCCUGGCGCAAUCCAGCCGCCAGCGAGCCCUAGAGCCAACUCAAAUCAAAGCCACUCCAAAUUCACCCCCGAAUCAAAUAUCUAUAUCUCUCCAAAUAGAAGAUUCAAGGAGGCACCCCCCCACAACUUACCAAUCUACUUCGGGAGUGCUCACUAUGCACUGACAAGGAAGUUUGUUGAGUUUGUCCUGACGGAUGUCCGGGCAAAAGACCUGCUUCAAUGGAGCAGAGGGAUCCACAGUCCAGAGCAACAUUACUGGGUGACCCUGAACCGAGUGAAAGAUGCCCCAGGAGCGACACCGAACGCUGGCUGGGAAGGAGACGUCCGUGCCAUUAAGUGGAAACACGAGGAAGGAAAAGCUCAUGAUGGGUGCAAAGGCCGGUACAUCCAAGAUAUCUGUGUCUACGGACCGGGAGACCUGCCCUGGAUCAUUCGAUCGCCUUCUCUGUUUGCCGACAAAUUCGAGUCCUCCCCGGAUCCCCUUGUGGUGACCUGUUUGGAGAGGCGGCACAGACUUAAAGUUCUACGGCAGGCAGAAGGGCUGACCGACCCACACUGGCACUUUCAACAUGACACCCACUUCAACCUGCAGCUGAAUCACUGA